UUACAAUUCCCCCUUACCCCAACUUUUCUCUUUUUCCUUUUUUUUAUUUAAAAAAAGUGGUGUUUGUUUGUUAUAUUCUCUGAUUGUCUGCAUUAAAUAGGUUCCACAUCAAACCCCAUACUCAUUAAUCCUCUUUCUGCCCACUCCUCCAUCGUCUUCCCUCUCAAACAAGAGGAAAAUAUGUCUUUUCAUUAGGCCCUACGCCCCCUCUCUUGAAAAGCCCUCCCCUUAUACUUCUGGUUCUCACACCUCACAAAUCUUUGGCUAAAAACUCUUGAAACAAUCCAUGUUCUUCUCUUCGAACCACGCUCACUGCUCCUUCAACUUUAACCAGCAUGAAGAAGAGGGAGUACUGGAGGACCAAGGCCAUCAAACGGAACCCAUGUUCGAGAAGCCCUUGACUCCGAGCGACGUUGGCAAGCUCAACAGGCUCGUUAUACCCAAACAGCAUGCGGAGAAGUACUUCCCCCUCGGCGGUGACUCCAGCGACAAAGGGUUGCAGCUGAGUUUCGAGGACGAGUUGGGAAACUGUUGGCGUUUCCGUUACUCGUAUUGGAACGGCAGCCAAAGCUACGUGUUGACCAAAGGGUGGAGCCGAUACGUCAAAGAGAAGCAGCUUGAUGCCGGUGACGUUAUUUUAUUCCAACGACACCGUUCGGAUGGUGAUAGGUUUUUUAUAGGUUGCAGGAGGCGCGGUGCAGCCUCGGCUCCAGCUGAUGGCGGAAACACCGUGACUGCCUCUGGAGACUGUGGCGAUGAAGGGUGGUGUAGCAGUAGGGGAUUGUAUCAAGGACAUCCUUAUCUUGGCCACAUUCAAGGCCAUGCUGCUAAUCUGCCAUGCCCAUACCCACCAGGCUGCCUUCUUGCAGGAAGCAUUGUUGAAAACGUAGGUGGUGCAGCAGCCGGGAACCCAAGGAGGCUGGUGCGGUUGUUUGGGGUAAACCUAGAGUGCCAGCUCGAUGAGUCGGAGCCAUUAACGCCGGAAAAUAGCUCGUCGGUGUCGGUGUCCAGCCAGCAGGGUCCACCCUCCCAUCAGUUUUAUAACUCUCAGUCAAACUACAUGGUAAGCCGCAUGCAUCCUGAUGUUUCAUCAUUAUCAUCAUCCUAAUCUAAUGGUAAACUU